AUGGCGGACGCGGUCCCUGUUUGUGAUGUCCUAAAUGAGGCGAUGGAAUACCUGUCAAAACUAGGAUCGAAUUUAAAGGUUCGGUCUGAGAAUUUGAAAGAGAAAAAAAUAAGGAAAGAUCGAUUAAAAAACACGCACGCUGUUCAAAAGGCCGCCAAUAAAGUGUUAUUGAUUUGCGAAUUAUCAAAAAAGUCGCUAGAUACUGUGGAAACUGGGGUAAAAAAUCUUUUGUCUCAUAUUGACGCCUCGCAAGCCUCUACUCAUUCUGGCGGGAAAAUAUCACGCUACUCAAAGGAAUCUAAUAUUCCAUAUGAGUAUUUUGAAUAUGAAUCCAAAAAGUUAAAAAUACGACAAAAAAUUUCGCUUGAUCAUUAUACAUCGGUUAAAGUUGUUGCAAAACCAAUGCCCCCAACUGUAUUUAGUGAGUAUCCUGUUUAUUAUGAUUGUAAACUUUUACAUCUAAAUAAGGAAAAUGCAAAACAAGUACAGAUAGCUAAAAAGGUAGCAGAAGACACUGCAAAAAGAUACAGCAGGGGAAGUGACAGCGAAGGUGGCGAGACAAAAGACCUUAGGCACGAGUUUAUAUCAGAGAAUUCAAAUAAUAUUCCUAGGGAUACUUCACAACCUCAUAAUAGAUUAGAUGACUCUGUUGCAAAUACCGUAGUUGACAAUUCCAAUAAUGAAGACAUUCAAGAAGGUAGCAGAUCAAAAAAUAAUUCAAAUGAAUCAUUAAGAGGAUUAUAUUUAGAACUUUCAACUGAAGAUAAUGCAAAGGAAGGGUUAACAAAUGAAUAUGGAAAUGACAAUGUUGGAGAAAAUAAUUAUGAGGGAAAUAAAAUAUCUGAAGAGAAGUUAGAAAUAGAAAAAAAAUCUGAAAAUGAAUGUAUAAAUAUGCAGCAGUCCAGAAAAAAAUAUAAACACAUUCAAGUUUUUGAUGAAAGUUCUGAUGGUAGCGAUAAAGGAGAGGAUAUUAAUAAUAGUAAAACUACAAAACUAGAAGGAAAUGAGUCCACAAACUUACGUCAGGAUGAUAUAUCUUUAAGCUUGCUUAAUAUGAAUGAACAGAAUAAUGAUGAAGACCAGAGAAAUAGCGAGAAAGAUGAAGUAUCAACAGAAGUCAGUGAUACAAAGAAAACAUUUAUAAAAUGUGUAAAUAUAGAUUAUUUACUUGAGGAACCAAAAAAGGCAAACAUUUCAGUUGUGGAAAUUGAUGAUGAUGAUGAUGAAGAUGAAGAAAGUGUUGGAAUAAAAAUAAAAACCAAGGAGUCGGAAAAAAAAAGUGAUAAGAUACGAGAAAGUUCAACUAAACGGAUCACAAACAAACCAAAAAGGAAACCUAAAAAUAUUAUAUUAACUGGUGAAUCAUCUGAUGAGAAUUACUGGGAAAGGAAAAGAGAAGAGGUAAAAUCAUUUGAACCUAAGCAGUUUAGAAUAGAUAUCCACAGGCUACCCAAUUUCUCUGUAGACUUUCUAAAAACUCACAAUAUAAAUAAAAUUGUGCAGAAUGGUCGCCUUGUUUGUGAUUUAGAAACUCUUUUAAAAAACUCAAGUGAGAAUGGUAAAGAGAAUGUAGAACCAGUGUUGUCUAAAAAUCUUUUAACGGAAGAAAUGGUUGAUAAGAAUUUAAAAGAAAUUUCUAACAAAAAAUCAAUUUCAGAAGACUCAGGAGCUGACACCGUGCAUGUGAAAAACAGCUUAUUAAAUGAUUCCGAUUCUGAUAAAUCUCUGAAUAAACAUAUGGACAAUGAUUUGCUUAAAGAAGCAGAGAGUGUAAGAAAUGCACUUCUUCAUGACAGUGAUUCAGAUGAUCAUAGUGACUUAGAAAAUAGGAAACACUCUGGUGUAAAAAAUGAUGAAAAUGCUAAAAAUUCUGUACCAAAGGAAGUGACUAGUGAUACUGUGAGCAAUCAGAAUUUUUCUGAAAAUCCCACAUCAAAGGAAGGGACGAGUGACACUGUGGAAGAUCAGAAUUUUUCGAAAAACCAUGAAACAGAAUCCAGAGACAAAUGUCCUCCAUCACCUCAACCUAAUGAAGACCCCAAUAAAGUAAAAUCAUCAUUAUUGAAUGAUUCCUCAGAUAGUGCUUUACAAGCUUCUAAGGAAAGUAAAAGAAAUAGUGAAAAAGAUACAUCGCCUCAGUUGAAUGAAGAUUCUGAAAAAGUUAAGUCCUCAUUAUUAAAUGAUUCUUCAGAUAAUACUUCUUUAUCAUUAAAUAAAAGAAAAAGAAGUAUUGAAAAAGUUUCACCACAUAAAUCUAAAAGAAGACACAUUAUGGAAAGUAUGCAUGCUAAGAAAAUGCUUCUGACUUACUCGUCAAGCUCAGAUACUGAGGAUGAAGAGUUAAGAAGUGCUUUGAAGGAGAUUAAAGAGUCUUUACUGAAAGGAAUUACUUCCGAUGAAGAGAGUAAACCAAACAAAUUGCAACAAAAUAAAGAUUCGACUUCAGAAUCUGAAAAAAGUGAUACAAAAGAAUUAAAUAAAAAUAGCAGUAAAUUUAACAAAACUUCAUCAGCUUCAGAAGGCGAAAGAAUAUUUAAAAAAAGGCAUAAAAGUUCCAAAAGCAAAAAGAGGCAGUUUAAGUAUGAUGAUACGGAUAAAUCUGAGGCAGACAUUGAUGAAAAUACAAAUUCCAGUUCACGCAAGAUGGGCCAUUCUAGAGCUAAACCGGGCAGUAGCAGCAGUCAAAAUUCAGAUACUCAGGAUGCAAAUGACAAAGACAUUGACGGACUAACGAACCUAAACACGCUGAGCAAGACGCGUCGCCGGCGUGGUUCAACGUCAUCCGACCACACUGCAGAUACAGCGCAGACGAGCUCUAUUAAAAGUGACGAUAUGCCCAAAGUGCCUCGAAUCAAAGCCGAGAGUCUUCUCAAAGCUGAGAGCAGUUCCGACGCAGCGUCGAUAGCGGGCAGCGAGGAAGGGGAAGAGGCUGAAGAAAUACCAACGGUUUCAAUGUCGGCUAUCAACGGAGACGGAAUCCCACACCUGGCUAAAGAUGAUUUGUUAGAGGAAAGUGACUCUUCAAGCUCGCACAAUGAAAAAGCCUCACAGGAGGAAAGCAAAAGAUCUGAUACUGAAGAGGAAGAUAACGUUAAGUUGAAGCGUCGUAAAGCGCACGCCAUCUCGUCGGACUCUGAGGCCGGGUCGUCGCGGCGUCGCGAACGCGGACGCAAGCUGAGCGACUUCGAGGAAUCGGAUGAUGACGGCUCAGAGCCUGCCGUCAAGAAGAAGCGCAAGAAGAAGCCCAGCGACAGCGACGACCAAUCUUCCGACGAUAGCGGGAAGAAGAAGCGACGUCGUAUCAAGAACGUAGAUGACAGUGACGCGUCCGACUCCGACACGGAAAAUGAAGGUCGAAAUAAGCAUGGCAGGAAAAACAUUCGGAAGGUUAUGGGUAAAAACCAACUUGAAGAAGCAACCAAGAAGGCAGCGCGUGAGGAAAAAGAGAGGAUUGCCCGAAUUGCAGAAAGGCAAAAGAUGUACAAUAACCUGGAGUUCGAUGAAUCUGGUAAACCUGAUGAAGUAAUUUUGGAGAAGGUGGUCCUUGAUUUUGAUCCAGAGACAAAGGAGCCGCUGAUUGAAGUUGACAGGGGCCUUGUAAAGAAACUUAAACCACAUCAGGCGAAUGGUAUAAAAUUCAUGUGGGAUGCCUGCUUCGAGAGUGUGAAACGAAUUAAAAAGGACAAAGGUUCUGGAUGCAUUCUUGCACAUUGUAUGGGUCUUGGAAAGACUCUACAGGUGGUUUCGCUGACGCAUACGCUUCUGACGCACAGUGAAUUGACUGGUGUACAUCGCGUAUUAGUAGUGUGCCCACUUAGCACUGUGCUCAACUGGGUCAACGAGUUUCGCAUAUGGCUCAAACACACAGAGAAUGAGUACGACGUUGACGUGUACGAACUGUCCAGAUAUAAACAAAACUCGGAGCGUGCGUUCCAACUCCAGCAGUGGUUCGAAUCGGGAGGAGUGUGUGUGCUCGGCUAUGAAAUGUUCCGAAACCUGUCUGCGGAUAACUCAAAGAAGUUUAAGAAGAAGAUGUUGAAGAGCUUCCAGGAGAGCUUGGUUGACCCUGGUCCUGACCUGGUGGUGUGCGACGAAGGACACCUGCUGAAGAAUGAGAAGACCAGCCUCUCACAGUCCAUGAACAGGGUCAGGACGCAACGUCGCAUUGUACUCACCGGAACGCCUCUGCAGAAUAAUCUUAGAGAAUACUACUGCAUGGUGCAAUUCGUGAAGCCGAACCUGCUGGGCAAGUACAAUGAGUAUUUGAACCGGUUUGUGAACCCCAUCACCAACGGACAGUACACAGAUUCAACAGAGCACGACAUCCGCGUUAUGAAGCGACGCUCGCACGUUCUGCACAAAAUGCUCGACGGUGCUGUGCAGAGGAGAGAUUAUGGGGUGCUGGCGCCCUUUUUGCCUCCAAAACACGAGUACGUACUCUUCAUAACACUGUCGGAAGUACAAAUCAAGUUAUAUCAGCAUUAUUUGGAUAAUUAUUCCAGAAGGCCACUUCCUGGAAAAUCCUCUGGGUUCCUCUUCCCAGACUUUCAAUCACUGCAAAGGAUAUGGACGCAUCCAUUAGUACUCAAGUACAAUUCAGAGCGAUAUGAGAUUAUGCAACAGAAAAAGAGGGAGAGAGAAGAAGAAGACUCAGAAGGAUCGUUAGCAGACUUCAUUGAUGAUGAUUCUACACCUGAUGAAAGUUCAACAGAAGAAUCAUCAGAUGACUUUUCAGAUGCGAGUGAUGACAGUCGCAAAAAAAAUAAAAAGAAAAAAGCAGCCAAGAAGGGUAAAGUAAAAGAUGGCAAAGCUAGCACCCGAAGGGGCACUAGAGCUAAUCCAGUGGAACAUCCAGAGGAAGACGAAAAGCCAUUAGAGUCUCUGGAGACGAAGUACGAAAACCCAACAGAAUGGUGGAUGAAGCUGGUGACAGACGACGAGCUUGAGGAUAUGCGCAACUCGCACAAGCUGGUGCUCUUGUUCGAUAUCCUGCGGCAGUGUGAGGCGAUUGGCGAUAAAUUAUUAGUAUUCUCACAGUCUCUGUAUUCACUGGACCUUAUUGAGCACUUCUUGGGCAAAGUCGACGAAGCUACACAAGAAGGACGUAUUGACGAAAAACUUGGUGGACAUGUUGGGUCCUGGUCACCGGGAAUAGAUUACUUCAGACUGGAUGGCUCCACCUCCUGUGAGAACAGGUCAAUUUGGUGCAAGAACUUUAACAGAGAAGAUAACCCUAGAGCUAGAUUAUUCCUAAUAUCAACGCGAGCGGGUGGACUCGGCAUCAAUCUAGUGGCAGCGAACCGUGUUGUAAUUUUCGACGUGUCAUGGAAUCCCUCACAUGACGUCCAGAGUAUUUUCCGCGUCUAUCGUUUCGGACAGAAGAAACCCUGUUAUAUUUAUAGGUUUCUUGCGAUGGGCACAAUGGAAGAGAAAAUCUACGAGCGUCAGGUGACAAAGCAGGCGAUAUCGAAGCGCGUGAUCGACGAGCAGCAGAUCGACCGGCACUACGCGGAGAACGACCUGGCCGAGCUGUACAAGUUCGAGCCGCGGCCGCCCGUGCCGCGCCCGCUGCCGCCGCUGCCGCGCGACCGCCUGUUCGCCGAGAUGCUGCGCGAGCACGAUGCACAGAUCUACAAAUAUCACGAGCAUGAUUCACUUCUCGAAAACAAAGAAGAGGAGACGCUUAGUGAAGAGGAACGUAAAGCGGCGUGGGAGGACUUCGAGAAUGAGAAAAACCGCCCGCCACCUGCGCCCUUCCCGGCGCCCUGGCAGAUGGCUAACGGAAUGGUGCCCGGAUUGCUGGCGCAACAGCAACAACAGCUGGCCUUCGCCGCUCUCGGAGCUAUGAUCCGCAAGACUGUGCCUAAUGUCAACGACAACCAGAUACGAGAUAUGCUGCCUCUCAUUUAUAAUGCCAAUCCAGGGAUGUUCGGUGGAUAUGACUAUGGCUUAAUGCAGAAAAUGGGCGACAUCUACAAGUAUGCACAACCAGGCAUGAUGAACCCGGCCAUGAUGAAUCCAGUUAUGAAUCCUGGUGGUGGUGCAGGAAAUUUAGGAGGUUCUAGUGGCUUGCAGUACGAGCCUCCGUGGCAGAGGCAACAGCAGCAACAACAAAAUAUAAGGUUGCAACAGAUGAUGCAGCAACAACAACACCAAAAUAUGACCGCGAAGUACUACGCGGGCGGGCUGGGCAGCCGCGACCCGGUGGCGAUGGCGCUGCAGCAGCAGCGCUCGCGCGAGAUCAUGCUCGGCGAGCGCGGGCGCCCGCGUGGCCGCCCGCCGCUGCAGCGCGCGCCCGCAGCGGCGCCUGACGUCGUCAACCUUGCCGACUCCGACUAG